AAUUUACCCUGUGGAUAAAGUGAAGUUUCCAAUAGGCUAUAGGGGACUGUCUUUAAUCUGCUGUAGCCCUCUCUGUGUUGGGCGCUCUGGCUUCACACUAAGUGGAUAUCAAGCUAUUUUAACGCGCCUCAAGUGAUGAUGAUGCUGACGAGAGUAAUGAGGAUACCGGGAGCGUAGCGAUGACAUCCACACAAUCUUGUUGAAUGUGGACAUCAAUGCCGCGGCGAAGGAUGGGCCCUCUCCUCUUGGCCGCCUUCCUGUUCCUGCUGGCCCUGAGCGCCGUGUCCCCGGCCUCGGUGGGAAACCCCGAGGAUUACACCGCAGACGAGGCGGAGCGGACCGCCAGUGAAAACAUUGUAUUCGAUGACUACCGGGGGAAAGGGUGCGUGGAUGACAGUGGUUUUGUCUACAAACUCGGGGAGCGCUUUUACCCGGGACACUCGAACUGUCCGUGCCAGUGCACGGAGGACGGGCCUGUGUGCGACCAGCCCGAGUGCCCAAAACUGCACCCAAAGUGCACAAAAGUGGAGCACAAUGGAUGCUGCCCCGAAUGCAAGGAGGUUAAAAACUUUUGCGAGUACCGGGGGAAAACGUAUAAAAUACUGCAAGAAUUCAAGCCGUCGGCCUGUGAAUGGUGCCGCUGCGAACCAAAUAAUGAGGUGCACUGCGUGGUGUCCGACUGCGCCGUCCCCGAGUGUGUCAACCCUGUGUACGAGCCGGAGCAAUGCUGCCCCAUCUGUAAAAACGGUCCAAAUUGCUUUGCUGGAACGACGAUCAUCCCAGCCGGAAUUGAAGUGAAGGUGGACGACUGCACCAUCUGCCGCUGCCACAACGGAGACUGGUGGAAGCCGGCUCAAUGCCUGCGGAGGGAGUGCCUCAACGGCCAGACGUUGUCAUAGAGAGACUCCACCGGGGAUGGUGGAAAAGCUCAGGCAAGGCACUGCCUACUGCACCAUUUUGUAUGAUUGACAGGGCAGGAGCACAAUUCCUAAGCAACCUGAGACAGCAUAGCAUCGAAGAGAUGCGCUCACAAGCUUCACACAAACACAAUUGUUGACACCGAGAAGAAGACGGAACUUGUCUCAAGGCUGUUUCCACCCUCCGGUUUGAAUCGUCCUAUAUAUAUAUUUUCAGAUGUUGACUUGCUGCUCUAACACAAAAAAGUUUCUAAGCUCUUUGAACUUUUUCCUAACCAUUGGCAAUGUUGAAUUGCUCAUGUGGAUUUCUGUAUGUAUGCCAUCUGCUUGUUGUACUUGUCUGUCACAAUCACGCAGGUGUUGUAAUAUUCCAACAGCAGGCAAAACAAACCGUAAGCACACUUAACAGCGCUUUUUCUGUUUUUGUCAUACAAGCAUCAACACCGGUAAAAGCACUGCAUAGGUGUUUCACAACUUCACUCUAAGAGCUUGUUUACAAGAUGCACAUCACACAUUAAUGUUUGUGUCUUCAUAAGACUUUGUAUCACUAUGGCAGGAACUCACCUCUAACACUUAGAUGAUGCUACUGUCAAUUUUAUAAACUGCUGUAAAACCCCAGAACACUGAUUUUUGUGCAUAUGGUUUUGAAUCAUGUCUCUGUAUAGAAGCAGCACAGCCAGGGGAAGAUGGAAAGAAAGGAAAGUUGGUAGAGAGUAACUAUGAGCAGAUGUAAAACUCUGCAUCACAACAACAAGUCUGGGCAGCCUCUGCUGGCUUAAUUGUCGUUAUUGUUUUCUCUCAGAGGUCCAUAUUCUCAAAAAUAUUCCCGCUAACUAACUGCUUGAACUUGUUAUCAAAGCAAUUAGCGAGCGAAAAGCAGCCUGCUUUAAUUUCCUUUAAUCAAGGAGUAUUCUGUGAUAAAUCAUCCAGCUGGGUGCUUGGCGCUGCCGCAGCCUGCAUGCUGGGCCCACUCCAGAACCAGCAGACAAAAAGAGGACAUCUGCAUUUGUCUAAAUGCUUUUUAGGCAGCAUUCACAUGCACAUUGUCCAUGAGAGCAUACACAAUCACACCAUUCAUCGGCAAUCUCAAAGCCACAGUGCGUUGAUCUGCACCCAGUGAAGAACAUAAGGUUUGGUAAGAUACAAAUCUCUAACAGAAUCCCGCUGCUGUACAAUUUGUAAUAGAUUUUCAGUUCCAGCCCGUUCCCCAUGUGUUAGAAUAGCUCUCCCGAUGUGGCUAUACCAUAACAGACAAGCUAAUGUAUUGCCUUGAUAUUUUCCAGACCAGAGUGGUCCUUAAGUGGUGAAAGAAAAACACCCAAUUAAAGGGAAAUGAUAAACAAUAGUCAUUAAUUCAAAGGUGAAUUCCAGUAAACUCGUGCCAUUCAUCAAGCAUUUCCAGAAAAUCCGUUCCUUUUAACCUUUUAGACACUAUUCCAGGGUGGUGAUGGAUGGGUUGCCUAAUAGCAGCUCGCAGCACUCUGUAAUGAGCCAGAAAUGAACAUAGGAUACAGCCCAAUGACUAAAGAGGUACAUUACCUAAAAGGCACUAAAACUCAUUUUAAAAGAAUAUCACAGUGUGCAGCAUAGUCUAAGUCUGCGGCACAUGGUUGUUGGAGGAAAGAAAGGAAAGAAGCGUGGGUGCAUUUCAAUAUAAGGUGCAACAACAAGGCUAGGGGCCUUAAGCUACAGUGAUUUAGUGUCUCUUAAUAUGAAAAGACACGCCUCAUCUAUCUGGAUUGAGGUCCGCAGACUCAUAAAACUAAACUGACAUCUACAGUUUAUCAAUCACAGCGUCAGUGAUCCAGACAUUUUCAAAUUAAUAAAAGAGCGUCAUUAUUCUUAAUUACUUUAGAUGCCAAGUUAUUAUUCAGCCUGCACAUGUGUCCACAAAUAUAUUGGAAUAACUUUACUGGGUAGCAAAGAGCAGAGUGAGUGUUCCAGGGCUCAGAGGCAUGGCUGCCACCACCGAUGCCUUAUUACUAUUCCAGAUAAGAUUUACUUAGCAUGGCCUUUGGCUUUAUACAGUAUGAACAGCUCGGGCUGAUUUAAGCACUGCUUUGUUUGCGGUGUAAAGUUAUGUAAUGCCCAAAACGAGUUAUUGUUUUACUAUUUGAAAUUCCUGUAACUGCCAGAAGGGGUGAAUUAGCAGGAGUAUUGGGGGUACAAGUGCUAGGACAUUUAUUCAAUAACGGGUGAAAAAUCUGAUCAUAAUUAACAGAUAGAUUGGGAAAUACACUGUUUGUGGUUUAAGUAAGUGUAGAAGAAGGAAAAAUGGCCGAUAGAAGUAUCGAGGCGACUUGCUUCAAAUUUUUCAGAGUUUUAUUGUUGUGAUUUAAUUUCCUUCUGACUAGGGAUUCCAUUACUGCUCUUCUCAUUCAUUUGCAAGCUGUCAACAAGGUGUGAAGGUAUGAGAGUAGAGGGUGAAGGUCAAAGCAUCAAUAAAAAGAUAAUGCAAUUGUUCCUCCAAGAGUUGUGAUUUAGUCUGCUUGUGGAAAGCAAAAAAUCAUAAAAAUCCAAUCAAAAAGCAAUUCAUAUAUUCAAAACAGACAGAAUAGAUGAAGAAAACUGUAAUGAAUAUGUUUUCACCCCAGCAGACUGUACUGGUGCAUAUGUCGCUCUGCACUGUAAAAUGGUUGAGCAUAAACAGUUGUCAUGGAAAUUACUUUUUAAAGCUCUCAUUUACAACUAAAGAAGAGCGUUUAGGAUCCGUGUGGAUUAACAUACAGUAGAUUCUUGUGUGUGUCGUUUGAAAUGGGCUGCAUUUGAGGACACAAUACAAAAAAAGGCAUUUCAGAGAGGCUCUGCCCGGGCAAACCUAGGGACAUUACAUUUCUUAUUGCAAAUGUGAAGCUGCAGUUUCAAGGACAGCAGUCUGCCAUUUGUUUUUCUGCCAGGAAACUUUGAGUCUUUAUGUCCGUCUGUAAAUGUCUAUUCCAACCUCCCCCCCCCCCCAUUGUCUCAUUGUUCACACUGCAGGCUUGUACAUGGGCGUUUUGUAAUCGGUACACCAUCCGCUCUUUCCAUGAGACACCGACUAACUGUAGCUGGAAACCAUGAUUGAUUUUUUUUUCUGGUCGUUUUGUGUUUGUUUUUUUAGCAACAAAACUGUUACAUAAAGUGUGCCUGAAAACCAACACAGUACUAUGUGGAAACGAAGAGAGAAACACUGUUAUUAUACAAUCAAUUGUAGAUUUGGGGGCACCAAGGGUCUGUUCAUUCAAAGGUGGGAUAGUAUCAUUUCUAUAAGGACAUUAAGAUUUAUGUUUAAAAUUAACAGCAUCUUUGAUUGUAAAUGACCACAUGCUUGCAGGUUCACGCUGUACAAGAAACAAAACCACAUUUUUAAAAGUUAAAGAACCCUUGGUGUCCCCAUGUUGUUCAUAUGUAAAUAUCUUUAAAACGUAUAAUGUGUAUUCUGAAUUCUGAGGUGGAGUUAAAAAAAAAAAAAGACGUAAGAAAUGUGAAAAAUGUGUAUUAUUCAUUGAGGCAAAAACUAUUUUAUUAAAUAGACAUGAAAAGAAGUGUUAUUCAGCAAAAGUGAGUGUGGAUUUCUUUUUUUGUAAACAUGCUGAUGCUUCUGGACACAAUUCAAGAUGAAAGCACAAGAUUAACAACUAAGGGAAAAUGUGUAAUAUAAGUCUGCCAAAAGAACAGAUUUGCUCGGCACUUGAAUGAACCGUAUUAUGUUCUGCACAAACACAAGAUGCAACAAACAAGAAACAAUGUGUUUACCCACGACACAGCCAAACUCCGGGUCAUUUUUCCGACGCUAAACAUUGCAGGAUAAAUAAAAAGGUGCAGUAUUUUCCUGGGGCUAUGUGAGAAGGACAAAAUAUAAAAUACCAGUGCUUAAUGCUUGUGAAAUGCUCAGUGCGUUCGAGGGCAUUACUCACAGGUUCAUUCCUGCUUCCAUUUCAUUACAAGUCCGACUGGGCUUCUAUCUCGUCCGCACUACUAAUUGCCUUCCAGCACCUCCCGCCGUGGACAAGGAAAGGAAAGCAAUUUUAUGCAGCACAU